AGUGUCAAAAAACAAAAUUCAACUUUGUUUUCUUAAUAUGGCAAAUGCCUUCGUACUCAAUAAAAAUAAGACACAUUCUUAUAUAAAACGUAAACCUUAUUAAGUUACUGACUGUAAAAGACUAAUAUCUGUCUGAAUCUUGCAGUCUUUAGCUGGAUUUGUGUGCAUACAGUAUCAUUGGUGUUGAUCUUAUUGUGUCAUUUCAGAUGAGUGUGGAAGUGGAAAGAAAAUUCGUGUGCAAUGCUGACACUCUAAAAACACUGGAGGAGAUCGGGGCAGUGUGUGUUGGUCGGUGGGAGUUUCGUGACCAGUAUUUUGACACCCCCGAGUUUGACCUGACUCUGAGAGACAUGUGGCUGCGUAAACGUAAAGCAUGCUGGGAGUUGAAGUGCCCAACGACAGUCAACGGGACGGACGAGGCCUCUGGAGGACAAUCUAAAGCGGCGGCACUGUGUUCUCGCUACAGGGAGAUAACCAAUCUGCCCAAAAUCCAACAGAGAGUGAGAGAGGUCAUGAAAGACAUUCGUGAAGACGGAGAGACCGAGGCAAGCCCCUCACAGGAGGACGAGUCCUGGCUGAGCGAAAUGAAUCUGGUGCGCUUUGCAGAUUUCACAACAGUGCGGCAGUCCUUCACGUUAGAGGAGAAGGGGGUGCAGAUAGAUCUGGACCAGGCUGACUUUGGCUACCAGGUGGGAGAGAUAGAGGUCCUGGUUCCAGACGGAGGAGACGUGCAGUCUGCCUUGGAGAAGAUCGAAAGGAUGGCUGGAAAACUGGGUCUGACUGGAGAUCAGCGAGUUGACGGGAAAAUGAAUGUUUACCUUCAAAGAAAUUACCCAGAGCACCAUGCAAAACUACUGAGGGAACAUGUUCUCUAACAUGUUAUUAGUUUCACAUGUUAUACAAACCACAUGCAACAGUUACAUUUGUGUCUGGCUAUGAAGCGUAUCAGAGGAAGUGUGAACAAUGGAAAUAAAUAGGGUGCAAUACUGUCGAUUCCCUGUUAAUGAUGAUUGUUUUGUACUGUGUUGUAUUAAAAAGACAGGCGAUUAGAAUUUAUUAGACACUCCCAGAUGGAGAAACCAUUGCUUCUUAUGCUGACUUCAGAAGCUGGAUUCUUCUUGUUUAUGAACAGAUGGUUGUGUGCAAAUGUGGCUGCUCCUGGUUUUACAUCAACAAGCGUGAUCCAAUUUGCUGCAGCUCUCACUCAGUGCUAGUUUACAUUUUAAAAUCUUUACAUUCAUGUUGAUGUCACAAAAAGCUGCACUACGAAAUGGGUUAAAGGGCUAAAAUGUCAUGUUCGGGUUAUAAAAAGAUGAAUGACUUCUCUUUCGCUCUUUGAAUUAUGGCGUAUGGUUUGAAAUGGAAUAAAGGUCAGCAAAGUGUUCAAUGCACACAUGUAUGAAUGAUAAAAUACUGUUUUGCACUGAAUUGAAAUGUCUUUUGCAGCAAAUAAAUAAAUAAAGUAA